UUUACUGAGCAGGAGGAAUCAGCCCAGCAGAGUAAAGCCUGAAGCUGCUUCAUUCCGCUUCUUUCCGCGUACAAACGGAGCCACUGCAACCGUCACAGUCUCUCCGAGCUUUGGGUCAGCGCAUGCUUGCAGCUGUGUAACCCCUCUCACCUUAGGACCCGACUUUGUGCAACCUGGAUUCCCGGAGCUCAUCGCCAUGCUUGCCCGGGUUUAGAUUCUCAAUGGAGCUCUCUAACCUAUACGAGGUCGCACCUCGGCCCCUGAUGAACAACCUGAACCAGCAGCCCUCCUCCGGCUACAGAGACCCGGCAGAUCUUGGCGGUGAGAUCGGAGACAACGAGACCUCCAUCGACCUGAGCGCCUACAUCGACCCAUCAGCGUUCAACGACGACUUCCUGGCUGACCUGUUCCACCACAGCUCCCGACAGGACAAGCUCAAAAUGAUGAACGGGGAGUACGACCCGGUGACUUGCGGCCCGGGGCCCCAGCAGCUCUACAUGUCCAACUACAUGGAGUCUAAGAUGGAGCCGCUUUACGAGCACAACCCUCCACGCCUCCGACCGGUGGCUAUCAAGCAGGAGCCCCGGGACGACGAGGACAUGAACCCGGGCAUGCCCCCCACCUACCACCACCCGCACCCGCACCCCCAGCAGUACUCCCAGCAGCAGCAGAUGCCGCACCUCCAGUACCAGAUUGCGCACUGCGCACAGACCACCAUGCACCUCCAGCCAGGGCACCCUACACCUCCGCCGACCCCGGUGCCCAGCCCGCACCAGCACCAACACUCGCACCCGCACUCGCAGCAGGGCGGCAUGAAGCUGCUAGAGCAGCAGAGGGGAGGCGGCAAAACCAAGAAGCACGUCGACAAGAACAGCCCGGAAUACCGGCUGAGGCGCGAGCGCAACAACGUGGCCGUGCGCAAGAGCAGGGACAAGGCCAAGAUGCGCAACAUGGAGACGCAGCACAAGGUGGUGGAGCUGACCGCCGACAACGACAGACUGAGGCGCAGGGUGGAGCACCUGACCCGCGAGCUGGACACGUUACGGGGCAUCUUCAGACAGCUGCCGGACGGUUCCUUCAAACCCAUGGGAAGCUGAGAGCCUCCCGAGCCGGACCGGGAGCAGACUGGACAUGGACUGGUACACUGCUGGAUUUAUACACACAGCUGGUUCCGUUCGUCCGGACGGACUGAAAGCGGUGAGGAGACUGAGGCAGCUGAGCUGUUCACUGCUAAAACACCCGACUGAACGGAGUCCUCGCGAUCACACUUUCUCCUCAGACUAGAAAAAAUAGCUCCAAAGUUUCUGUGUGAAAACGAAAACCAAAGUGCAGACAGGCUGUACGCAGAAAACAAACUUGAAGCCACUUUGGUUUUUCUUGUUUCAGGAAUUUUCCGGAAGAUGCUUCAAAAAACAGGACUGAUAAACUUUUACUGGAAACAGGUGAAUUAAUCUCACCAUCAUCUCACUGACUGAGCUCUUCGGAGAAAGACUUGCGCUCACCUUCAGGAGAAAGAGUGACUCGUUCAGUCGGUAUAUUUUUUUUUGUUUUGUUGUUGGGUUUUUUGUUUUGUUUUGUUUUGUUUUGCAGUGUUCAUGUGCCUUUUAAAACUUUUUGUGCAAAAGCCGAUAAGCUCGUCCCCCCCUGCAGAUCCACACAACAGAGGACUGGCUGUUUUUGUGCCUUACCCCCGUACAGACUGAGAGACUCGACCCCACAUAUCAGUGCAGCUAAGGUAGGGCACGGCGGUGACGAGCCCGGACCAGCCUGUUGUGCACGUAGUUCCUGAAUUAUUUUGGUUUGUUUUAUACAAAGUUACCGUCUCUAUCAACUGAUGAACUUGUCUUAGAGCUAUGAAACUCAACCUGUAUGUAUGUUUAUUUCCAUGAUAUAACUGCAUGGAUUUGUGCUCAUUUUCUCCUGUUUGUUCUUUGAGGAGGCGUGCGGGGCUGUUGGCAGGUUUGUGUGUUCUAAUAAUCUGAUCACGUGAUGCAAACCCCCCCCCCAGAUAAAAGAAAUCAGAAAUUUUUUCUUUUUAAAAAGUAAAGUAUUUAAGAUUUUUUUUCACUGACACACUGUCAACCACAAUACUGAAAGCUUGUACCUCCACUCUUAAGAAGUGUAUUAAUUAAGGCUAAAUGAAUACCUAAAAAAAGCCGCAAAUACAUUUUUUUCUUAGCUUACUAAUACUCAAGAAGGUGUGGAGAUACAAGUUUGCCCACCCGUUGAUUUAAGCCAAAGUAAAAUACAAACUAGGAAAAAAAAGAAAAGAAAGAAGAAAAAAAGACUGGAAUUGAAACUGUGGUACCUGCUGCACCAUGUCUAGGGGGAAACCACGUAUCUGCAGGAGAAGCCUGAUGGCAGCUGGUUCAAUGGGAUUCUGCAGAAACGUGGUUCCUCUGAAGACACUGAAGCAGCUCUCUGUAUGCACUAUUUGUCGAAGCACAGCUUUGUUGUCUGACACACGAUGGGUACUGAUCUGAGCAGAAAAAAAGCAUGCCUGGCUCUGUGCACAUACCUGUUUUUAUGUGUUUGUUCAUUCUGAGAAAGAUAAAAAAUAAAUAAAUGUGAACAGGGUUUCUAUGCAACAUGGUAGUUAUCUUCUUCCUCUUCCCCGCUGUUGAAUCAUAGCUCAUGCAGCAGUGCCUUCUGAUCCUCUGAGAUGACCUUUGACCUUUAGCUGGUCUUUUGAGAAAGAUUUUAAGACAUUUGUGUCAGUGAGGAAGAAGGAAGCACUUUUUUUUUUUUUUUACAAACUCUGAUGUUAAACCAACAUUUGUUUCAAAUUUUACGUCUCAAUUGUAAAAUAAGCAUAUAUAUAAAUAUAUAUGAAUAAAUAUAUAUAUAAAAUACCAAAAAAUCUGAAAUAUUAUAAUAAAAGA